AUGGGUGCAGUCAACAAAUUUCUGGCAUCAUGCCAAAGGGGUGUGGCUGCUUGCACGACUGCUUGGGACUACCCCAGCGCUUUACUGUGUGAAAGAGCUGGCGUUGACCUCGUCCUGAUUGGGGACAGUCUGGCCAUUGUGGCGCUGGGGCAAGACAGCACGAAUUAUGUGACUCUCGAUGAGAUGAUUUAUCAUUGCAAGGCCGUCACUCGAGGUGCAAAGUCACCACUACUGCUUGGGGAUAUGCCAAUGGGGUCAUACGAGGUUUCGAAUGAACAGGCCAUCGCAAGUGCACUGAGGUUGAUCAAAGAAGGCCGUUGCGAUGCUGUUAAGCUUGAAGGAGGGGUAACCAUGGCUGCGAAGGUCCGGGCCAUCGUCGACGCAGGCGUGCCGGUCAUAGGACAUAUUGGGCUCACCCCUCAAACCAACAUGGGAGGAGCGGACGCAGGAGUUGCAACAGCAACUCAGGCAGAAGAUACAUUGAAAGAUGCGCUUGCGUUGCAAGACGCAGGAGCCUUUGCUAUCGUGCUCGAAGCAGUCGCGGGACCGGUUGCUGGCUGGAUCACAUCGAAGCUGCGCGUUCCAACUAUUGGUAUAGGGUAA